AUGCUGCUAGCCACGUCCAGAGUCUGUCAUGGUCCCUGUACGGCCUCCCAUUGCUGCAGUCCUCCAUCGCCACAACUCUGCCAAGUGCCACUUUCAGGUCUCCUCACACUGCUGGUUUGUGUUCCAUUUUUUGUCAUAGGGUGCUGGCAGAUUACGGGCCUCCCAUAGCUGCUGCCUGCCAGCCCCUAAUCUGCCAUGGUGCCCCUAUACCGCCUCCUCAUGCUGCUGCCAAGUCCAGAGUCUCUCAUGGGGUCCCUGUACGCGCCUCCCAUUGCUGCUGUCUCCAUCGCCACACUCUGCCAUGUGCCACUUUCAGGAUCUCCUCACACUGCUGGUCGUGUUCCAUUUUUU